AUGUGUGCUAAGAAGGUGGCCGAAUCCGCUGCUUGUAUUUUCGAUUAUCUAAAAACCUUGGAUGCAAAUGACUUAGAUGAAUUAUACAGUCAUCCACCAACUUGCCUCAUUGUAUUUAGAGAGCUCGAAGAACUCGCGAAACAGAUCGUUCAUCGGUUGCUCUUUCUUGAACAAGCAAUACCAAAAUCAAUAAUCACUGGAUGGGUUCCAAAAGGUUCACAGGGGCUUUUGAGUCAGGCUUGUAAAGAUUUGUCCGAUUUGUGUGUAUGGCACAGCAUUGACAGUGACAGUGCUCGGGGAUCCUGGAGGCUUAAUAAAAAGUUUCAAGAAUCAAUGAAAGUGUCACUUUUUGGCGGAGGACCUCAAUUAUUAAGUGAUUUUGGUUCAACUGCUGCGGAAAAGCAUCCAAAGGAUGCGGAAUUCUUGGAUAACUAUGCAUCUGAAAGGUGGGAUUCUAUUUUACAUUUCAUGGUCGGAUCAGACUCAGCUGAGGUGGGUACCUGUGUCAGAGAUGUGCUUUUACUGUCUGGAUUGAUGAAAAGAGGAGGUCCUGACCUUUCAAUGGGUAUUACACAAAGGGGAUUUCAGUUCCUCCUCAUGGACAGGCCAACACAAGUUCUUAGAUUUAUGCUGCAUUAUUUUGAUUACCUUAAGGGAAAUCAGAUGCACAUAAUCGAGGCACUUCACUUUGUUUUCCAGUUGAGCUUCCUCUCAUUUGGCAAGAGUUAUCCUAUCAGUAUGCUGUCACAGACACAACAAGAUCUGUUGCAGCACAUGCGAGAGCUGGGUUUAGCUUACCAACGCAAACGCACUGCCCCUCGGUUCUACGUGACUCGUUUAGCACUGAGUCUCGCUUUUGGCUCCCCGGCAGCCCUAAAUUCUUUGCGUGGCUCUGUUGAUGCAGAACCUGAUGCUCUCUUCUCGGCCAAUCGUCUUCCCACUGGAGUCAGUCAGCGUGGCUCUAGGGGCAGUGGCACUGGUACCGGAGACACAUCGGAUAUCGGCUAUAUUCUUGUUGAGACAAACUUUCGACUUUACGCCUAUACCGAUUCACUUCUCAAAACAGCUUUAUUGAGCCUUUUUAGUAAAAUUCGCGUGCGCUACCCUAACUUGGUGGUAGCUGACAUCACCCGAGACUCCGUUCGAGAGGCUCUGCUGAGAGGAAUCAGUGCCAAUCAACCAACAAUUCUACCACCGACACUUGUGGAUCAGAUCCGUCUCUGGGAGCUUGAACGAGACCGGCUUUUCUUCCAGGAGGGUUGCCUUUAUGAACAGUUUGCUAAAAAUACCGACUUUGAGAUGAGUAAUGGAUAUCUAUUGUGGGAAUGUCCAGAACGUCGGGUCAUGGUCGUCUCUAAAGCUGGCCACGACGACGUUCGCGCAUUUUGGAAGCAGAAGCGACCCGUGUAA